AUGGCUAGUAAUGAAUUUCAAAUUGUAGUUGCUUCUUCGGACCAAGUGAAAUGGAUUAUGAAGAUGGUAGAAGAUGAAGGCUGGAACCCUGGAUGCAAAGAUCCGAUCACUUUUCAACUCUCUGAUCCAUUAGGCAUCUUUGUUGGCUUACUCAACGGAGAAGUUAUCGGCUGCGUAGCAGGAGUCCAGUAUGAGGAUUUUGGUUUUGGUGGGUUAUUUAUUAUGAUGAAAAAAUAUCGUGGUAAAGGCUAUGGCAUGAAGUUAUUUCUGCAUGCAUUGAAUCGUUUACGAAAAUGUCCAAAAAUUGGAUUAGAUGCAGUGCUUGAACAAGUCAGUAAUUACCAAAAUGCCGGUUUUCAAACUUUUCAUCACACUAUGCGAUAUAUUGGAAUAGUUAGUAAGCUAGAUUUUCCGUGCAAUCAUAUUGUCGAUGCUAAAAGUGUCUCUUUCGACAAAUUGCUACAAUAUGAUCGAUGUCAUUCGCCUGGUCUUCGAAAGUGUUUUCUAGCAGCAUGGAUUAAUCUAGGAACAGAUCGUAGCUUAGUGUACUUAGAUGAUAAUCAAAAUAUUCAAGGAUUUGGUGCUAUUCGUAAAGCUAAUGAUGGCUAUAAAAUCGGACCUUUGUACGCAGAAAGUUUCCAAAUUGCCGAAAGUUUAAUUCAUGCGUUAGCAGGCACAUUUGAUAAAUGCAAACUGGCCUUGGAUGUACCCAUACCUAAUAAAAGUGCUGUAAAGCUUGCCGAGAAAUUACAAUUAAAGGGAGAAUUUGAAACCGUUAGAAUGUGUUAUACUCAACCCUUUACAUACGAUUGGAACACGGUUUAUGGUCUUACUUGCUUGGAACUUGGAUAA